AUAUAAAUAAUUCCUGCUCCAAUUUGCAAGUCGUAUUAUGGUUUUGGGGCUUCUUCUUUUUGUUCUCUUCGUUCCAAAAAACGGGAAGCGAUUCAUCGAUUACUCCUCUCUGGUUCGCCAUCAUCCUUCUUCUUCUUUCGAUUCAUCACCGAUUGGAUCCAAUUUCGCACACAAAUAUUAUUAGCUUGCUUGUCAAACAGUGAGUUCCUGUAAGCUACAUUAUUCAGUUUGGCCAUUAGCUGAUGGACAAGGGACAACCUCCUACCCUCUUUGUCAAUGAUGGUUCAUUCAUGGAGAGGUUCAAGCAGCUUCAACAAGAGCAGGAGAGAGGGAAACAUGCCAAAACAGAGGACUCCAAACCAACUAAAGUUGUUUCAGGACCUCUGACUCCUAAACCCUCCACUAGUAAGGCUAAUGAUGCAAAGAAAUCUUCUCAGGGUGGUUCCAGUGGCAAACUUGCUUUCAGCUUGAAACAAAAGUCAAAGCUAGCACCGCCCCCUGUUAAGUUGGCAGAUGAUGAUGAAGAAGAAACAGAUGCUGGGUAUGUUUCAAAUGAUGCACCGUCAAAACGGCAAAAGUUGGGUCAGGAUGAAGGGAUUGAGCAAUCAUCAAGACAACUUGAUGUUGCACCUCCUCCCCCAAGUGAUCCUACAGUGAAGAAAGUUGCUGACAAACUUGCAAGUUUUGUGGCUAAAAAUGGAAGGCCAUUUGAGGAUGUUACACGGCAAAAAAACCCUGGGGAUACACCUUUCAAGUUUUUAUUCGAUGUUAAAUGUUCUGACUAUAAAUAUUAUGAACAUCGGCUUGCUCAAGAGGAGAAGGACCUUUCACAGUCCAAGGAAUCACAGGCAAAUCCAAAUGCAGGGACAAGCUUUCCAUCUUCCAGACCAACAAAUGUUCCUCAGAGAUCAUCCCAGCAGCAUUCAACUUACCAAAUCCCUGCUUCUGCUUUAUAUGAUAGUGGUGAAGUGCCAAGGGCUUCUGGAUCUUCAUUUCAAGCACUAUCAGUUGGAAGCUCGGAUGAGUCCGGUGGAUCAUCAAAUGCUAGCUCUUUAGCGCUAAUGGAGUUUUACAUGAAGAAAGCCGCACAGGAAGAAAAGUUUAAACAACCUAAGCAUUCAAAAGAUGAGAUGCCCCCUCCUCCUUCUCUUCAAGCUUCAUCAGCAGGGAAAAAAGGCCAUCACAUGGGUGAUUAUAUUCCUCAGCAAGAACUUGAAAAGUUUUUGGCUAGCUGUAACGACGCAGCAGCAAUGAAAGCUGCAAAAGAGGCUGCAGAGAAAGCCAAAAUUCAGGCUGAUAAUGUGGGCCACAGGCUUUUACAAAAAAUGGGUUGGAAAGAAGGUGAGGGUCUAGGUAGCUCCAGGAAGGGUAUUGCAGAUCCUAUCAUGGCAGGCAAUGUUAAGAAAGAUAACUUGGGGGUAGGUGCUGUCCAACCUGGGGAGGUGACUCCUGAGGAUGACAUCUAUGAGCAGUACAAAAAGCGGAUGAUGCUUGGCUACCGUCACAGACCCAAUCCUCUGAACAAUCCUCGCAAGGCUUACUACUGAAUAAACAACACACGAAACCUUAUGCCAAAUUUAUUAUGCGGAAACUAGCCCUUUUAAUGUUUAGAUGGGCUGCUGCGGUGGUAUCUGGAUUUUGUGAACAUUUGUGCUUUAUAGCUGGUUUUUACGUUUUUGGAACAUCAGAUUUUUCUUUUUCAUUUUGUGAGGGAGAGGCGUGGUUCUUUAUUUCUACCAUCACAUGUUUAGUUAACAAAGAAUAAUGGUUUUACCUUUUUAGCUUUUGGAAUGUGUUAUUUAUUAUUAUACUGGCUCCAUAGUUCAUGAAAGAUUGUUCAACCCACGGGACUUGCUGUUGCUUUGUGCUUGUGCUAUUCUUGAUUGCGCCGACAUUUUGGGAAGCAGUUUUUUUAAGAUUGGUGUGUAUUUCAGAAUAAUAUGUAACAACAGUUUAAAAGAAUUGCUUUUGUUUAAAUAAUGGAGCAAAUUUAUAA